GAACGACAAAGCAGGACCCGAAUAUCCAAAGUUUCAAUAUAAAUUGGCGAUUUUAUUGAUGACUCUACUCGGAAGGAUUCAAACGAGUAUUCAAAUAAUCCGAACCAAUUCUCAGACUUGUAUCUGAGUCGAAACGAAACGUAGCUCUGUCACGUGACUAACGUACAGAUCAGCUGUGCACUGCAAAUGCAGUAAGCAUGGCUUCGAAAAAAGUACCAGAAGUUGUGCACAGAUUUGGAAGAUUUGGUCAUAGGUACCAGACUGGUUUAGGAACCAAAAUACCACAAGUCUGGCAUGAUUUGAAGAGAUGGACUAAACCUUACCCAAAUCCAAUACACUGGAUACCAGAGGAAGGGAAAUUUAAAAAGGACCCAAGAACUGGUGAGAAGAUGAGAAUCCAGAAUGUCCCUAUUCCUGUACUCUACCCAAAAGUAUCUCAGUCAGCAUUGUGGGGAGGAGAAGGAUGGAUUAAAGGAUAUAAAAAAAGAAACAACAAAAAGAUGAAACCAAGGGUCAGAAAAAUAUGGAAACCACAAGUGUUCCAAAGAUCUUUCUACAGUGAGAUAUUAGAACGUGAUAUUGGUCCAAUAGGUGUGACAUUAUCAACCCUAGAUCAGAUUGAUAAAUGUUGUGGAUUUGAUUUCUACAUUUUGAAGACACCAAGAGAAGAUUUGCAAUCCAAAUUAGGAUUGGACCUGAAGAGGCACAUGUUGUUAAAAUUGUUGAGUAAAGAUGAAAUGUAUCCAGAUGAUGAAGUAAAAAGGGAGAAAAUCUACAAUAGAUAUAAGCAGUUCAUAAUACCUAAAGAACAAGCUGAAUGGCUUGGAUUAAGCUACAAAGAAGCAAUUAAUAAAGUCAGAAAGAUAGAAAGGGAGAAAAAUCCUAUCAGCCCAUUAAUGGAAAAAUAUACAGAAGAAUUAGUUGCAAAGUUAAAAGAUCAAAGUUUUGAAGGACCAGAUGUUGAACUUGAUAAAUUUGACUUUCCCGAAUCAAGGUCUGAAAAAAUGAAAAAAUGGAUAUUUGGUGGAAAAGAUGAGAAGAGCUGAUGAUACCAGAUACGGUUUUGAAUUAUUGUGAAAAAAUGAUCUUUAAUAUUAUUUGUCACUCUUUGUCAAUAGAACCUCUUUUUAUCAAACA